CUAUGUAUGCAAGUCUGUUAAGUGUUUUAAACUUUCAUAGUUUUGACAACAAAAAUAAAACACAGAUUUAACUAUUGAUAACUUUACAGAGGAAUGGAAGUCCGAGUUAUGAAGAGCGUUGGUUGGGUUCCAUUAUCUUUAGCACUACUUUUACUCGGUGGUAUUAUAAUUGUCUAUGUAUGGGCCGUUAUGCGAGAAGAUGUCAGCGCAUGGAUACCGUAUAUAAGUGAGGCUGGUGGCCAUCCUCCGCAGAGUGGCGUUUUUGGAAUAUUUCUGUUUUGUGGAUCUUCAUUAGGAAUAUCAACAAUGACUCUGCGUUACUUUAUUGUAGCUGAUAUCACAGAUAGAAGCAGUGUUGUUAUCAACGUUUUUAAUUCGCUCUCUUUCCUAGUAGGCUUACUGUCUAAUGUUGGUAUGUUCAUUGUGGCAGUGUAUCCGGUUGGUUUCAAUUAUGACGAGAAGAGUGAAGAAUGGAAAACACAGAUUCUUCUACCACACUCAAUUGGAGCUUUUAUGCUUUUCAUAGUAGGGGUGGCUUAUACCCUACUUCAGACGAUAAUAACCUAUUUCAUGUACCCUAAACACAACGGCUUACCUGUAUUCUUUAUCCGGCUAGCUUGUGGAGUUCUUUCGUUAGCGUCGUUAAUAACCAGUAUCCUUUUUGUUUAG